AUGAAUCAUCAUGGUUGUUGGGAAGAAUUUUACUCCAAUAUCAUACCACACAAAACUUAUACACAUCAAAGUAAGGCAGUUGAUGCCAUUGAGUACAAUUACUAUGUUAGUUUAUGCAAAUUUCGUUUAUUAAUAACACAAGGGGCAAUUAAGAUAAUUUCAAAUACGUUGGCAACAAAGCUUUUGUGUGAUACAUCAGAGUUUAUAAGUUGUUCAAGAUAUGGUGGAGAAGGAGGAAGUAUUUUAUUUAAAGAAAAAGGACAAUGCGUUCAAGACAGAAUUUAUAGCGACGAUUCAUCUGUUUCUUCAGAAUUUACAAAAGGAGUAUAUAGUUAUUCAGAAAUUAGCGCGUAUGAGAGUUUCAAAAAUAAGAUAAUCUAUUCUUCUAUUGAAAACGCCGGAAAAUCAAACAGACUGGGCUCAGGAACAAUUUGUAUGGUAUCAGGUGGAAUUGAAAUUCAAUCAUGCAAUGUAUCUUCUAGUUACACCUAUACAGGUUCUUUAUAUCACAUAAGAAGUUGUGGUUCUAAUUCAAAUACUACUUUUACUUCUUACAAAUCCUCAAACAACGAGAGAGAUGCUAGUGCAUGUGCAGCCCAUCAUGAUUCACAAAAUUCUUUUCUAAUUAAAUCAUGUAAUUUAAUCGACAAUAGGGGUGCAUGGAUUGUUUAUGCGGAAAUAGCAAAAGUUCAUAUGUAUGGGUGUAGUCUCAUUGAUAAUAUAGCAUCAGGGCUUACACUGGUCUGCAGGAAAAGCGGUGAUGAAUUAAUAUAUGAAAAGUGUUAUGGUAAUAAUUUAAUCAGAAUUAACAAUCUUGUAAGAGUAAUUAGUGAAGAACAAAGGAAAUUUACAAUCAAAAACUCUCAAACAAGAAAAUUGAACUGUCCAACAGAUCCAAUUACUCAUGCAAGAAUUCAACCAUAUAAUUACAAUAUAUAUGUGGGCUCAUUUUUAACUUUGGGAAUGUUCUAA